AGGGUAGCAGUUUCCUCACCAUGUCUGGUGAGUUGGACGAGCCUCAGGCCGGCUCCUCAUAUGCUGGGGCGGACCGGCGGAAUCCUGAGGUAAAUCGGGCUCGGGUCCCGGGAGGAGUGAUCCAAAGGGCCGGUGCCCUAGGGCCUAGGUCCUGGAUCCAAAAGGUUCUUGAGCAAAUAACAGACUCACCUCUCCAUUGGGUCACUCCCUCGGAGGUGGUGCCUGUCGCUGUGCUGGCCGUCCAAAGGUACCUGUUAGAAGACGAGCCGAGAGACAUAGUUCCCAAACCGCCCCGUUACUGCUAUGACGUGACGAUCUCAGACGGGGUGUACCAGGAGAAGUGCUUCCUCGAUCCCAGACUGAACUUUCUCGUAUAUAAAAAUAUUCUUAAAGUUGGCAUAGAAAUGAAAAUUUUCAGAGUCUCGUGUCUUUACAACGAGAAAAGGUUAGGCCAGGGGAUCCUGUGCAUUGAUAACAUCCACUGUGGGGAGGAGAUCUUGGACAUUAUUUCUUCAGCAACUCCCUUCAGAAAUAGUGCCCACGAGGAGAAACCAGAGAGGCCCUUACGGGGCGGGAAAAGUCAUUACCUGGCCCUGUGGAAUAACGAAGAUCCAUACGGAGAUAUCUGGUUAACCAACAAGCAACCUGAGGAAUACAAUUUUAACCAUACCAAAAUAAUUUCUCUUGCUCACCUUGAAAUGAGCUGGACUAACAGAAGGAAUUAUCCUGCUUUGCUUGUGAGAAUCAUGCAUAAGUCAAGACUGAGGUACUAUGGAAAACCCAAUAAAAAGAUGAUUGAGCCAUACCAGAGCUUUUUGGAAGUUGCUGACAGUUCAGGCACUGUAUCAGUGAUCAUGUGGAAUGCCCUGUGUCCUGAGUGGUAUAAAUGUUUGCGGGUUGGUUUAGUUCUUCUGCUUCAAGAUUAUUCUGUUAAAAAGAGUUUUCCAUUCAGGCUGCAGCCUCUCCCUGUGGAUUCACAGAUCAAACUAAUUUCUACUAUGGAGGUCUGCCUGAACCUUCAAGAUCCUCCAAGUAAUAUAACUAUCAUUCCAGAAAGGCAGGUGAAAUCAGAAUGGAGAUUGCCAAAGUUAAAUCAUCGCUUUAUCACUAGAUCAGAACUGGAUGAUAUGCCAGAAAAGCAAAUCUGUGAUGUUGUUGGCAUUUUAGUUUUUGUAGGAAGGGUCCAGCGGUUAAAAAAGAGAGAAAACAGUGAAGAUUUUUGGACAUAUCGCUGGAUUCACAUUGCUGACGGGACUUCAGAACAACCAUUCAUAGUGGAACUGUUUUCUACAUCUCAGCCAGAAAUCUUUGAAAAUAUUUGCCCAAUGACAUAUUUCAUGUGUACACAGUUGAAAGUUGUCAGAAAUAGCAAUCAAGUACCUAAACUGCUUUACCUCACCACCACAAAUGAGAGUCGAAUGUUUAUUAUCGGUCAUAGAGGCCAGCCAUAUGGCAACAAUACCAGAAUAAAAAAUUUUAUUCACUGGAUUAAAACAAAGACUGACUCUGGGGAAAUGAAGAAUACUGUUAUUGGUGGAUAUUACCCCUAUCCACCAGUGCCAGAGACAUUUUCCAAGUAUAGUACUUCUGUAAAAGUUCAGUCGCUCCUGACAUCUAUGAGUGAAGUGAGGAAGGAGAUUGAAAACUUGCAAUAUAGGGAACAAAAACGCAUUGCAAUUCAGGGGAUAAUUACUAUUAUAAAGUAUAUAUCCCAUAGCAGUGCAACUGGAAGUUCCUCAGUAUCAGAAACACUUCAGAAAGUUAACCAACCCUCAACAUCCCAAACAGCAAUAAAAGAAAGUCAAAGUCAGGAACUAGAUGGUAAACAAGAUGAUGGUUCUGUGAGUGCUCAAACUACCUGUACAAGUUUGAGCCCUCCCAAGAAAAAAAGGAUUCGUCAAGGGCUAUUUGCCAAACUAGUUCCUAUACCUCAGCCAGAAUCUUCUCCACAAACAAGAGAAAAUAUACCAGACAUGCCAUGCAUCUUCCAAAGUAGAGAAAAUGCAAGCACUGGUAUUAAAUGGAAAGCCAGAAAAACUCUAACUCAUAGGUGGGAAAGUCAACUGUGGAGAGAGAAAAAGUUUGGCUUAAGAGAUCACCUACGUUACAGCUUUGUUUAUCCUGAAAGUAUUCCACGGAAAUUUGUUUUCGAACACAAAAAAUUUCUUAUUCAGCAGUAUAAUUGUCAGCCUGCAAAAUACAUAGCACCAGAAGAAAGGCCCCCAAAACUUAGUGAUUUUAAGAGUGCCCAAAGUCUUGGACAUUUUGAAAUAACCAUCCUAGGUCUGAACCAUGAGAGAGCAAUUGAUGUUGCAUUUCUACCCCUGUACCAUCCAGAAGAUAUCCAAACAUCUCAAAUAGACACAUUAUUAGCCUGUAUGAAUUACAGCUGUGUGUAUCCACAGAAAGUAACUGAUUCUGAGAAGAUGCCAGGUCCAAGAGCCCUUGCAGGUGAUAUUAUAAAAGCAGUAACUGAACUGGAUAGAGUGCAUGUCAUCAGUAUCUUGGAUAUCUGUAAUUUGGGUAACAACAAAGUAGAAGUCUAUUUGCAUAAAAUUUAUAGACCAGAUAAUGCUCCUUAAAAUUGGCAAGUGGAAUUAUUACAGAUUGUUAAAUAAGGAAAUACCUUAAUUAUAUUCUAUCAUUUUGUUGGUAAUUUUGAUAACUAUUUUUCUGCAAGAAUAUUACAUAAGCUCCCAAGUUAAGUUGUUUAAUGUUUAUUUUCUAUUGUAUUUGGAGUUAACAGACUUCAGUUUAACUUCAUUACUGAACCAGUCAUCAGAAAAACUUAUGUGUAUCAAGAAAAUUUACUUUACAUUGAUAUGACUAUUAUCUUGACUUUUAAUAAUUUAUGUUCAAUAUCUUAUUUGUGAAGUGUACAUUUAUUCUAAAGCCUCAGCAUAUGGCAUUUUAACUUCAGAAGAGUAACUUCAUAGCCAUUUAACAUCCUGCAACUUUUAUUCACCUAUAAUGGGAAAUUUUGAGUUGCUAAUUUGAAGAUUAAAUGCUUCUAAAAUGGUCAAUCUGCAUUUCUUACAACCAAGGUAGUUUCUAUCAUUUUCAAAAGCACACAAUAAUUGUUAUGGUCUAGUUGCCCCAUUCUUUAAUUUAGUCAGCGAUAAGUGUGCAUGAAUUAAAUUGUCUUAACGUUUUUCACUUCCUAUUGUGACUUCAUAUCAUUUGAAUUUCUAAAUGUGUUCACAGUCUGUUAUUUUAAAGCCAGAGGCUACAAUAUAUCUAGAUUUUAGCUGUAUUCAGUUGUAAUUUGGAUACAUGUAAUGUGAGCUUAAAUAGUAUCUCAUAUUAACAUUUUAAGUGCUCAUAUUCAAACUAUAAAACAGUAACUAAGGACAUUGAUUUUAUUCUGGUUGUCUAUUAUACUUCCACAUUUGCAAGGCCCUUUGGUUGACAUCUAUUUGUAUCUAUGACCAACACAUGAGUUAAAAAUUAUUCUGUAUCAAGUUGAAUCUGAUUAUAGUUAAGCUAUUAAUUUGUGGGGUUUCCUUGGAGCCCUAUUGGUCUGUGAUUUCAUAUGCUAUACAUUUAAAAUGUAUUGGGCAGCUCAUAAACCUAAAGACAGAUGCUGUAGUUUGUCCAUAAAUGUGUAUGGUCUUUUGUUCUUUAUAAUUGUGUUUAAAUGUUAAUUAGAAUUGCAAAUCCUUUUUGUGAUAAAAUUCUGAGUGUGUUAUUAAAGAAGUUA